ACCGCAGUUGUUGUCGCGGACUUUAUCUAUAGAUGUCCUUCUUUAACUUCUCCAACCAAAGAACUCCCAAGUCCAAAGAAGCCAUGGAUUCCUUAUACAAGAAUCCCAACGAACCCAUUGAAGCUCGUAUCAAGGACCUUCUUUCACGCAUGACUCUCAACGAGAAGAUUGGUCAAAUGAUCCAAAUUGAACGCACUGUUGCUACUCCUUCUGUCAUCAAAGACCUCUCCAUUGGAAGCAUACUAAGUUCUGGAGGCAGUACCCCAUUUGAUAAUGCUCUGUCAUCAGAUUGGGCUGAUAUGGUAGAUGGCUAUCAAAAAUCAGCUCUAGAGUCUAGACUUGGGAUACCUCUCAUAUAUGGAAUUGAUGCAGUUCAUGGUAAUAAUAGUGUCUAUGGUGCUACCAUAUUUCCUCACAAUGUUGGCCUUGGAGCUACUAGAGAUGCUGAUUUAGUUAGAAGAAUUGGAGCUGCAACGGCGCUUGAAGUUAAAGCAAGCGGAAUUCACUAUAACUUUGCUCCUUGUGUCGCGGUAUGCAAAGAUCCUAGGUGGGGAAGAUGCUAUGAGUGUUAUAGUGAAGACACUGAAAUAGUCCGAAAGAUGACUUCCAUCGUUUCUGGUUUGCAAGGUCAGCCGCCACAAGGACAUAAACAUGGAUACCCAUUUGUGGCUGGAAGGGAAAAUGUUAUUGCAUGUGCCAAGCAUUUUGUUGGUGAUGGAGGUACUCAUAAGGGUGUGAAUGAAGGAGAUACUAUAUUGUCUUAUGAAGACUUGGAGAAAAUACACAUGGCACCUUAUUUAGACUGCAUUUCCCAGGGAGUUUCAACCAUUAUGGCGUCCUAUACUAGCUGGAAUGGGCGCAAACUUCAUGCCGACCAUUUUCUUUUAACCGAAAUCUUGAAAGAAAAACUAGGUUUUAAGGGUUUUGUGAUUUCCGACUGGGAGGGGCUCGACCGACUUUGUAAACCUCACGGGUCAGAUUAUCGGUACUGCAUCUCCUCUGCCGUCAAUGCUGGAAUUGACAUGGUGAUGGUGGCUGUCAGGUACAAACUAUUCAUCGAAGAAUUGACCUCUUUAAUUGAAUCAGGUGAAGUGCCAAUGAGCAGAAUCGAUGAUGCUGUUGAGCGAAUUUUGAGAGUAAAGUUUGCUGCUGGUCUAUUUGAAUUUCCAUUAAGUGACAGAUCUUUGCUAGAUAUAGUUGGUUGCAAGCCACAUAGAGAUCUUGCACGGGAAGCAGUUCGAAAGUCGUUGGUUUUGUUGAAAAAUGGAAAAGAUAUUAGUGAACCUUUUCUUCCAUUGAACAAGAAUGCUAAGAGAAUUCUUGUUACCGGAACUCAUGCUGAUAAUCUUGGAUUUCAAUGUGGAGGUUGGACUAAAACUUGGUAUGGUGCUAGUGGGAGGAUCACAGUUGGUUCAACAAUCUUGGAUGCUGUUAAAGCAGCCGUCGGAGCUGAAACACAGGUUAUUUACGAGAAAUAUCCAUCACAGGACACCAUAGAACGUAACGAGUUCUCAUUUGCAAUUGUAGCCGUUGGUGAAGCUCCUUAUGCCGAGUCAUUGGGCGACAAUUCAGAGCUCACAAUCCCUUUCCGUGGAACUGAUAUUAUAAGCUUAGUUGCCGACAAAUUUCCAACAUUGGUUAUUUUGAUAUCUGGUAGGCCGUUAGUUUUAGAGCCACGGCUUUUGGUAAAGAUAGAUGCUCUUGUUGCUGCUUGGUUGCCAGGUAGUGAAGGAGAUGGAAUCACAGAUGUAAUCUUUGGUAGCCAUGACUUCAAAGGUCAACUCCCAGUCACUUGGUUUCGAAGCGUUGAACAGCUUGAUCAACCAAGGGAUAGAGUUGCCGCAUGUGAACCUUUGUUUCCUCUUGGUUUUGGGCUAAACUACAUUAAUAAGUGAAUAUGUGCUAUAGCAUAUACGACACAGAAACAUAGACAUUAACAGUAAUUUGAGAAAAUAAAAAUGAUUGAAUAUAACUACAUGUGGCAGACACUACAUAGCAAUAGAAAUGGUCAAACAUA